AUGGCUUCAUUAAUUAAACCAUCGAUGCUCAGGCAGACUUGCCUCGCCGCGUCGAAGCGUAGUUUCUCUACAAAGGUCUCUUCCAGUUUCCCCGCAAUCAACAAGCCCGCCGUUCGCAGCGCUUUUGUCAGAGAUGCAUUGCCAGGUUCAAUGCGUGUAGCGGCAUUCCAUGCAAGUGGCAGACAAUCAAUUCUACCCCCAUUACCUCAAUCUAUUGAUGGCACAUCAAACGACGCAGCACCCGUGCCUAAACCAUCCCCAUCCCACGGCUCAUACCAUUGGACAUUCGAACGUUUAAUCGCCGUCGGUCUCAUCCCUCUCACAGUCGCCCCUUUCGUUUCAGGAUCAUUGAAUCCAGCUACCGAUGCUAUCCUUUGCGCCGCAAUCCUCAUCCACUCACACAUCGGGUUUGAGUCUUGUGUUAUCGACUACAUUCCAAGAAAGAGGUUGCCAAAGACGAGGGCGCUGUUUUGGUGGGGUCUGAGAGGAGCAACUGUUUUGGUUGGAGUUGGAUUGUAUGAGUUUGAAACAAACGAUGUGGGACUUACUGAGGGUAUUAAGAGGAUUUGGCACGCAUAA